AUGUCGUUAUUGAAUAACAAUCGUUUUCUUAUCAGAAACCCAGAAAAAUCGGAAUACAACCAGUACUGGUAUUCUAAGGAUACCAUACAAACCUUUGUUCGAGUGAUUGAGGAGCAUUUACAAGAGAGCUCCGAGAACAGAGUAGCCUUCAUGUCCACUCCUUCCGUGUAUUUUUCAAUGACCUCCGAUUUGCAACAACAAGCGAAAUUAUUUGAGUUUGAUAAGAAAUGGGAAAAAGAUCAAGGAUUUGUAUUUUGGGAUUUCAAUCAACCAGACAAUGUAGACUCCUCUUUACUUGGCACAUUUUCUUUAAUUUUAAUUGAUCCUCCCUUUAUUACCAGAGAAGUAUGGGAAAACUACACUUCGAUAGCAAAGAAACUGGGCAAACCUGGAUGUAAAUUAAUAUGUUCCACAAUUUCGGAAAAUGCAGACAUGAUGAAGAAUCUUUUAGAAGUGACAGCUGUUGAAUAUCAACCAAGUAUUCCCCAUCUUGUUUAUCAAUAUAAUUUGUACACUAAUUUCAAACACGACCUUCUUCAACAAAAGAACAGUGAACUGUCAGAAUAA